AUGGAGAAGGAGAUGGAUCUAGAAUCUUAUUCCUUCAAUCAUCUGGACCACGAUUACGUGGCCGAUGAACACGAGCCUAAAGACUUUGUUGGUCGCAAAACCCGUUCUUACAAAGAUUUAUGGCGCAAAUUCUACACGCCAAACUUCAAAACCAUUGUGUGGCAAUACAAUCCUUCAGGGGUCGAAAAGUCUUACAACUUCUUUGCCCCUUCUCCCCUCACUCCAAACGCAAAGUCACUGCCCGUCUACCUCAGAAUUGAGAGCAAAAAUGAGGACCAUCGCAGUCUUUUCAAAGGCUCCAUUCCGAAUUCCUUUUAUGUCCCACUGUUUGCUCUCAUCGCCAUGGGGCACGAAGAGAACCCCGUAUUUACGCAGAAGCCAAUGGAAGUGCCCAAAGAGGCCCUGUGGCAGGAAUUGGAAACUAAGUUCUUAAGCCGUGCAAACGAUUGGAAACCCAUGUUCUCAGGGGAGCCACCGAAAAUCCUCGCGAGAGAAGAGAAUGGUUCCCUCGUCAGUGUUCAGCUGUCAAACAAGUGGGAGGGCUGGCAGGAUAUCCUUCCUCAAAUGGGCAUCCUCGACACUGCAGCGAAACAUGGAGGGAAACCCACUUCUCAUGAUCCUUUUAAUCUCUAUGAGACUUACAUCUAUCAAAGUGAUUGGAACAAUUACAUGAGCUCGUUGCAGAAUAAUGGGCCAUCUAUCCGCCCAUUUCCACGCAUAACUGAGGCACUUUUCGUUCUCUCGGACAAGAUCUUAGUCAAAGUUGGCCGCAGCGACAUCGCUGUUCAGGCCUCUAUCAACAAGAAGCUCGGGAGAAGUGACAGCGCAGAAAAAGAGGACUUGGAAAGCUUCAAAAAGAGCCAUCCAAUCUACGUGCCUCGCAAGAAGCUCACUGCAAAGGCCAAAGAACUGGAAGAAUUGAAAAUGGAGAAGAGGGAGAGAGGCCUCGAUGCUUUGACCAAGGUGUAUGAGCUAGGACGUGGAACUGCAUACUUAUCAAAUGAUCUGGAUGUCGAUAAGAUUCAGCGAGCUGCUGGCAAGCGUCCCGAUGAGGCUGGUCAGAAGGAAAUCAUGGGAGGAGUUUCAGCCACAGAGAUUGGUAAUGCCAUGGGCUGGGGCAGCAAGCGCCUAAGGUCCGGCGUUUUCCCUGCAGAGUGGCUUCACCUCUCAGCCUUUUCCUGGGGAGGCAUAGCCGGUGACGAGGAUCCAGAAGGUUUUACCACCAGCCAGAACUUCGAGAAUCUAGUAUUCGGAACAUCGGAGACUAACUCUCUCAUGACUAGAUACGAAACAGCAUGGCAAAGGUUCUUCCUGGCCGAGAAAGAGCUCGCUGGCACCGGAAAAGGCAUCAUUGGUAGCCUCGAUAUAUGCUGCAAUGACUUUUCCAAACCUAUUCUUUGGGACAUGGUCACAGAGUCGAAACACUUCUCGACUGUUGAUAUCACGUUCACAAAGCAGGAACUGGAACUCGUGAGAGAGAACCCUCUUGGCGCAAAACGAUAUCUCGACUCCAAACCCAAGACUGAGACAAACGACGGAAUCAGGCAGGAAAUGCUCAUACUUGCGCAUGACUUUCCUUUCAUUGUGUAUUCGAUCCAGUACGAUCUACAAGCUUAUUUUCACUCUCGUAUCUUUAGAUCGACGAUAUGA